AUGCCGGUCAAGGUUAUAACCUUAACAGGAGCACCCCGCCCAAAUACUCUGAGAUGGGAUGAAUCUGAGCUUUUGAAUGAAUGCUGGUUUUGCCGUACAUCUGCCGACGGGAGAAACAACCCAACUGCAGCAACAGCCUCAUCAGUGCGAUGGCGGGCCAUCACGCAACAUGAAGACCGUUAUGGUUUUCCUGCAUCAGAAGGUGAUGAGGGUGAUAAAAUCGGUGAUGGUGGCGAAUAUUUGCAGGAUGGGGAUACGGACUUUUUGGCUCCCGGUGCAAUUGAAAGACAUACCGGUCUACAGUUGACAUUGGAUAGCGAAGUAGAACUUAGGUCGGAAUUCUAUGAUCACUCCUUUGCUGUGCAUGAAGUGGUGGAUUCGACCAUGUUGAGUGAAAUGGAGUCCUUUUAUACAGACUCCAACUUCGAGACUACCUUGGAGGAAAAGAACAUUAUUAGCGCUGCACCCCCGUCCACCCAAGGUAGCUCAAUGCAUCAUCCUCUGCCACCUCCCUUAACUGGGCUUUUGAGUGAUAUAAAAGAUAUACCCAACGCUGCACAUAUCCAUUCUGUCUCUCCUCGAGUGAUCCCUGUCAACCUAAUCGGGGCGGUUAUCACGAUACACCCUCGCAAACGCGUGCGAACUCGCCUGGGGUAUGAGACAGAUGUCGUAGAAUUGGUGGUGGGCGACGAAACGAAGUCAGGGUUCAGAAUCACAUGCUGGUUACCCCUGAAGGAAAAAUCGCGUGAUGGUGCGAAGCAAGAUCUGGAUACGUCGAUAAGCGGAUUGCGGCCACGAGAUAUAGUUCUUUUCCGGUCUGUAGCGCUGAACAGUUUUCGAGGGAAAGUCUAUGGGCAGAGUCUGAAGGGGAACAUGACGAAGAUUGAUUUGUUGCAUCGGAUGCCAGUUGACUCUAGCGACAUGGAGGGACUAUUCACGUGCCGGAUCCUAGGUGAUCGAAGGGGCGAUUCUCACCCACAGCUAACGAAAGUGCGCAGAGUGAGGGAAUGGAUUUUGGAUUUUAUCAGCCCGCAUAUUUAUGGAAUGGUUGGUCAACAAUCGAUUAACUCCAGCUCGGGAGGACUACCGGGAGAGCAAUACCUACCACCGGAUACUCAGUGA